AUGACAGUGGACAUUAAGGAAAGCACAUUAUACGUUGAGAAGGCACACAAGCUUUGGGUAGAUUUAGAACAACAUCUUGCGCAACAAUAUGCCCCCAAAAUAUAUGAAAUCAAGCAAGGCAUUGCAGCACUAAUGCAAGGACAGGACACUGAACGAGAUUGGGUAAUGAAAUUUCUCAUGGGACUUAAUGAUUCCUACAAAGGUCUCAAGGCUCAGAUUCUACUUAUAAAGCCAUUCCCAAAAUUAAAUGAAGUAUAUUCACUAAUACAGCUAGAAGAAAAGAGAAGGAAAAUCUCCAGUGAUACUCAUGUUUAUGAAAGAAUGGCAUUAGUGUCAAGGACAGUUAUGAGAGAAGCAGUGAAAAGAAAUACAGGGCCACUGAAGAACAAUUGCUUCAAAAUUCAUGGAUACCCACUAAGCCAUAAGUUUUAUAGCAAAUCUCAAGUGAAUUUCACAUGCACAAAUCAGAAUACGUCUUCUAUGGGAUCUGUACAGGAGCAAACUGGUGACAAAAGUCAAGUAACUUUGACUCAGGAGGAAUACACUCAGUUGAUGGCUCUAAUUAAGCCAUCAAUCAAUCAGCCUCAUUCAUCAUCUGCCAAUCAUGUUCAGGGUUUGAAUUCUCUUUCUCCAAAACAUACAAAUUUAUCCAAAAUCUCUUGCACUUAUACGUGUUCAUCUACUCACAUUAGUGAAUCUAGCACCACCAUACCUUGGGUCGUGGACACGGGAGCCACAGACCAUAUGGUCUGCACAAUGCCCUUCCUCACAAUCAUUAAAUCCAAAAUAUCUCCACCUGUCGCAUUACCUAAUGGUGCUAUAGCUUUGGCCACUCACAUAGGAAAUGUUAAAAUCACAGAAAACUUGUUCCUUCGUGAUGUGCUAUGUGUUCCAUCUUUCUCUUUUAACCUCAUAUCUGCAAGUAAACUUGCUCAAGGAUCUAAUUGCUGCCUUAUCGUGUCUUCAAACUUGUGUUACGUGCAAGACCUUACAACUUGGAAGACGAUUAGUUUGGGUAAAGUGAGUAAAGGGCUAUAUCACUUGGUGCCAAGAGAAGUCUCCCCUACUAUCCUUGAUCAAAACAUGCCUAGAUUAGUCAAUAAAGCUGCUCUAUCAGUCUCUGCUAAUGAUAGCCAAGAAAAUUUCGAUUUAUGGCAUUUCAGGUUGGGCCAUCUUUCAGAUUCUAGGAUGGACUUGACUGAUUUGCGUCCUAAAACAAAACACACCUAA